AUGUCUGCGCCAGAUAUCGCUCAGUGCUCGGUCGCGAGAAUGCCACGCCACGCCGCGCAGCCCAUGAUUUCCGAAAGUACAUGCUCGCGACCCGGUGACGAGCAGCCGACCGAGGACUCACGUUGUAGCUCUGUGGUGAUGGAAACCGGCGCUUCGAUGAAGCAGGACCAGGAAGCCUACUGCAUGUUUGUCAAGGACUGCGACACGGGCUCGCAGCUCCGCAAGGCCAUCUCUCACCUCUUUGGACGCAACAAGGCGUGCACGCUACGCAUCCCCAAGCAUGUUUGGGUGUAUUACUGCCGCAAGCACUACCAGCGGAUCCGAUACCGCAACGCGAAGACGUAUCCCCUCAAUCAGAUGGAGCUCGUUAAGCUGCAGAUUGUGCGUCUGCAAGCGUGGAGCGAGAAAAACAGGAAUCAAAACAGCGGCGCCUACAUCCGCAUGUGGACCUUGUCUCUACGUAAGCGUGAGCAGAGUCGCAUUGAAAACGGCGGCGGCGCCGAGGACCCUGUUGUCCACGACGCCCGCAGCAGCGCAGGUACCGCCGUGCCGGAUUGGCUCAUCCAGCGCGUCGCUUCCGGCUACACGACGGAGGCGAUCCUCGAGGUGGCCGAGCGUCUGCACAAGGAAAUUAAGGAUGGCCACCUCGCUCAGGUGCCCGAGAUUGAGUUCCUCCCGGAUAUUGUCGAGGCCGACUCCGGUGCCAGCUCAAAGUCCUCGCGUAACGGCCGUCGCCAGGGUCGCAUGGCCAGCGGUGCCAGCAGUGCCAGCGGCAUCAAGACGCCCAAGCGAAAGGCGCCCGAGUCGCUCGACUUUGGCCGACGCGAGUCGUCAGUCUACUCGGACGGCCGCGGCGGCGAGUACUACCCGCCACCCCCGGCACAACACAACCUCCACCAUCACCAUCACCACGGCCACUACCACCACCAAGCACCGGCAGGUGAGGAAAGCUACGACGUGGUCAGCCCCUCGGGCAAGCGCGCUCGGCUUGUUCGCGGCCCGGCGCCUGCCCCGUAUGGACCCCUACGGCCCGACUCGGCGCAGCUGCCGCCGCUGGCGUCUGCCUUGUCGUACGGCGAGAUGCAGCCUCCGCAGGCCGCCACCCGCGCGCCCAACGUGGUGGUGCCGAGGAUCCAGCCGCCCGCGUAUCGUCGCGGCAGCCACCACAGCUACGGAACGGCCUCGCCACCUGAUGGCUACUAUCCCGGCCAGUCCAUCCCUGGCGGUCCGCCGCGCUGGGACAGCUACGAGUCAUCGCCACACUCUGCGCGGAGCGACGGCGCCUACGCCCUUAGCAGCGGCGAGUUCCGUCACGGCGGACCGCCGCCACCUGCUCCGCACCAACCCCUGCCGCCGAUCAGCGCCCAGCUCGAAGGCCGGUUCCCGCGCUCCCACGCCCAGCACGACCAGCAUCGCGGUGGCAGGCCACACCACUGGCGGUCCGCAAGCGCGUACGUCCCUGGCGAUCAUAACCACCGCGGGGUGGCGCCGCCGAUGCCUCCGGGGCGGCCGCUGAGCUCGGGCCACGAAGCCCCGCCGGUGCCUGGUUACGGCCGCGAGUAUGAGCAGGUACCACCGCCGCCUCCGCAUCACUACGGGUCGGAGCAUGAGCAGUAUAGCUAUGCAUGGCCGCGGGGGCACCAUCAGCCGCCUCCUCCGCAUGCACCUCGGCACGCCGGACCGCCGCCUGGGCACGUUGACGAAGCAUGGAGCCGCGAGGGACGAGCUGUUUACGGGGGACGCCCAUGA